CAAAAUACAAACUCUAUCAAAUCGAAACCUGAUUUCUAUAACACCACAAUCGAUUGUAGGUUUUGGUUCAGGAAUUUAUCGAAGAAUCAAACAAACGAUAUGAAGAAUUCGAAUCGAAUUGAAAGACGAGGUGGGUUAGCUGCUGGUGAUCCAAACAAUCCAGCCAUACCCAAAGGUACAAGUUAUGAUGCAUUUCCACCUCAAUCAACUUAUGCAGGUCCUACCAUCUCAGGAUCCGAAACAAAUUUUGUUCUUGUAGUAGUUUUUUCGGGCGUUUUGGUUUUGUCUGCUAUUGGGAUUGGGUAUUGGAUUUUAAGACGUAGAAAGAUUUUGAAAAGGGAAAGGUAUGGAUUCAAAGUUGAACAUGAUGGUCAAGAAGGGAUUGGUAGAAAAGGAUGGAAAAGAGUUUUGGAUGGUGAUCAUGAACAUGAACAUGAACAGGUUGGGAUGAUGUAUGGAUCUGAUGCUUUUGAAAUGGAUCAAGACUUUAAAGGUUCUAAUGUUUCACUACAAUUAGAUACGAAUAGAUCACCACCACCUAAAGAAAGAUAUGUAGAUCAUCAUAACACACCGGUUCGAACGAAAUCUAAUUUACUUAAUCCUUCACCUACUUAUCAUCAUGACUUUAAACAUAGAUCAACUAGUCCUGGAAAAGAAGAGAAAGAAUCAUGAGAACAGAUUUUCUAUGAAAUUUGGAAUUUGGUUUAUGGUCUUUCGGUUUGGAUUGUGAUUGGUUUGGAUUGAGGGUUGGGUUUGGUUUAUCGAUUGGGGGGUUUAAAGAAAUUGAUUUUUUCAUAGAUAUUUUUGGUUACUUAUUUACAUCUCAUCGAUCAUAAAGCAACAACUGUAGAGAAACAAAUUAAGAAAGAUCAAUAUAUACACUGAUUGUUUGAUAUUUUAAAAAAAAAAUCCAUGUUCUUUUUCAUUUUUCACUUUGAAGUUUUCCUUUUUCAUUCUUAUAAAUAAACAAAUGUAUAAUUCAUUAAUAAAUCUUAUCAUUUUAGUUGUUUCUCAUUUUUUUUCCUUUUUUUCCUUCUCCUUCUUGUUCUUGUUCUCAUUUUGUACAAUUAUGUAUGUAUCUAUCUCAAUGAUGUAUAUCUUAAAUGGAUACAAUCUGAUAGUUUUUUUCCAUGUCUCAAGAAUUAGUUAUAUCUUUUUUGAAUUACAAUUGAAUUCCUUAUCAGGAUCC